AUGGUGAAUAAUUCAUCAACAUCGUCCUCAUCAACAGCACCAUCUACCCACCAACAGCAGCAGCAGCAACGACAAACGCACGACAACCAGUGCAGUUGCACGUGUACAAUGAAACAAACAAAGAAAGAUCAGUCAAGUAGACGAGGCAGGAGCGGCAAGAACCACGAAGCCUCCGCCACCAGUCGACACUCACCUCCAUCGCAACCGCGCAAGCAGUUCUCAGACGAGCAACAACUUCUACAACAGAUCAACCAAGAACGAAACAAGCAGCAACAACUACCACAACAACAAAAUAUUAUUGAAGGAAAAAAUUUAAACAGUAAACUCGCCAAGCAGAAAACUUCUCACGACAACAUCUUCCUUGAUUCAGACGACAGCGAUGAAUACAGAAAUUUAAAACCGACAACAAGUUUUGUACAGAAUUUUGAUGAUAACGAAAGCAAACAAAGUGAGAUUAACAAUAAAAAUAAGAACAACAACAACAACAACAACAUUGACGAGGAUAAACAGAAUGCUGUCGAUUUGGAUUGGGAUUCCUUGGUGCACGAUGACAAACUUGAAGAAAAAUACACCGGUCAGAUGUCAACUGUUGACUAA